AUGCCCCUACCCCCAGCAACCCUCCUCCUCCUCCUCACCAUCUUCCUCAUCACCACCCUCAAACCCUUCCUCCACCGCCUCCUCCUCCACCCCCUCCGCACCCUCACCCACCUCCACCGCUUCCCCGCCGCCACCCCACUCGCCUCCCUCCUCCCCUCCUCCUUCUACCACACCUUCCUCUGCCCCCGCCGCAACUCCCGCACCGCCCUCCUCCACGCCGCCCACUACCACCAACAAGGCCACCACCACCCCAUCCUCCGCACCGGGCCCCUCUCCCUCUCCUUCUCCUCCCCCGCCGCCAUCACCGCCAUAUACGGCCACGGCUCGCCGCAGUGCGCCAAAGGCGCCAUCUACGCCGCGCUGGCCCCGCAGCAGUCGUCGCCGUCCCAUGCGAGUGUCCUGCACGUCGUCGACCGCGGCGCGCACGCGGCGAAGAGGCGGAGGCUGGCGCAUGGGUUUUCGCUGCGGAAGGCGGAGGGGAGUUGGGAGGGGAAGGUUGGGGCGAAGGUGGGGGAGGUGGUUGCCGCGUUCGACAACGUCGGCCCCGAGGUGUUGGAUUUUGCCAGGUGGAUGAACUUGUUCACGGUCGAGGCGGUGGCGGAUUUGGUGGGGAGUUGGCGGCUGGGGUGCUUGGAGAGGGGGGAUGAUGAGGUUGUUGUGGUUGGGGGAGGGGACGAGGGGAGCAGGCGGAAGGUAAGGUACGUGGAGAGUUUGCGGGCGGGGAAUAGGGCUACGGCGCGGGCGGUGGUGUGGGCGCCGAGGUUGUUUCGGGGGGUGGUGAGGCCGGUGUUGUGGUGGGGGUCGGGGUGGUAUCGGGAGCAGUGGCGGGAGGGGGAGGGGUAUGGGGACCUGGUCAAGAUGUUGGUGAGGGAGAGGAUCGAGAGGUGGCGGAAUGGAGAGGUGUUGGAUGACAUGGUUCGGUUCUUGUUGGAAGAUGGUGGAGGAAAUCCGCUGGAUCUUUAUCUCGAGGAGAUUGAGGUGGAGGUGAAUACCAUGCUGGACGCUGGAUCCGAUACCACUGCAAUCGCUCUCGCGAACGUCAUGUACUUCCUCCUCAAGAGCCCGACCUGCUUCACGAAGCUCCGAGAAGAAUUGGACAGAGCUCUUCCUGCCGACACAAUCAUACCGUCCUACGACAGUAUCAAGCAGCUGCCGUACCUCCGCGCAUGCCUUGAUGAGUCUCUCCGCAUCAUUCCGCCAGUCUCUGCUGGGCUGUCACGCACCGUUCCACCUGAGGGCAUGACUAUUGACGGACAUUGGAUUCCGGGCGGGACAUCGGUUGCGGUGGCUGCAUACACGGCACACAGGAAUCCGUCUGUAUUCGCGCAGCCGGAGGAGUAUCGGCCGGAUAGGUGGCUUGGUCAGAAGACAAGCGAGAUGCAAGCUGCCUUCAUCCCGUUUAGCACCGGGUCGAGAGGCUGCAUCGGAAGGAACAUCACGUAUUUGGAACAGACGGUCAUGAUAGCUACAUUGGUUCAAUACAUUGAAUCUCAAACUCAUACUGACAACUAUUCAGGAUGUGCUACCUGUCGUGUCCGCCACAUCAAAUGUGACGAAAAGAAGCCGAUAUGCAACAACUGCGAAAAGAGGAACCUUGACUGCAAACAAACAGAAAUCAUCGUGCCGUGUCUACCACCCCGCAGCAGCACCACAGUAACAAAGACUCUACCGCCACCUCCACCGCCGCCCCCACCGAUACAACCACCACCAUCCCCAGCCCCGGGCUCAACGUGGGAAGUAGUCCAGCAAUCGCAAUCCACCUUUCCACCACCCGCAGCCCCCUGGCCAUCCACCACCCCUUCCUCGCCCACCGCCGCUGUCGCCACCAAGCAGAACGACGACUGCACCACCACCACCCUCCUCCGCAUCUACCAGCACGGCAUCGGCACCUGGAUGGACGUCAUGGACCACUCGCACCGCUACCAGCGCGCCGUCCUCCGCCUGGCCCUCUCCUCCCCACUCAUCCUGCACGCCCUGUGCGCCCUCGCCGCCAAGCAGAUGAGCCUCGUCUCCCCGCACCGCCACCACUACCACGCUUCCCCGUCCGCGGCGGCCGCCGCGCCGCCGCCGUCCCUCUGGGAGCCGCUCGCCGCGCGGUACUACGGCGAGAGCCUGCGCCUGCUGAUCGCUGCGCUGGCUGAGGAUACGACUGGCUCGACCGAGGACUCGCAAGGCACCAGGAAAAAGAGGAGGAGGGAAGAAACCCUCACCGCAACCAUCCUCCUCGGCAGCUACGAGCUGCUCGCCGCGCCCAGCGCCGACUACGCCCGUCACCUGCGCGGCGCGCAGACGCUCAUCCGCGCCGGCGGCAUCGACUUCGGUACUGCAUCCGCGCUGGAAGACGCGGGAUUGUGGGUGUUUGCGCGGCAGGACGUGGCGAUGGCGGUGGCCGGGAGGCGGGGGUUGUUGUGGGAGGUGGGGAGGUGGGGGGAGAUGAGGUGGAAUUCUGGUGAGGGAGAGGGGGAGGUGGAAGGGGGAGGGAGGGUGGAGAAGGAGGAGGAUUGGUGGGGGAAGAAGGUGCUGUGGUUGCUGGCGAGGGUUGUGGAGUGCGUUUUUGGGGACGGGGGUGGGAGAGGGGAGGAGCCGGUGGAGGGGUUGGUGAGGGAGCUGGGGGAGUGGUAUGAGGGGCUGCCGGGGUCGUUUGAGGGGUUGAGGUUGAAGGGCGCGUUGGCGGAGGGGUUGGAUGAGGUGUGGUUUCCGAUAGAUACGGCAGGUACGGUGCAAAGUUUUUUUUUGUUUCUCCGCAAAGCCUUGAGGAUUUUCUUGACCACUGACUACGAUGUGCUCACAUAG